AUGCAUUCGUCUUCGGGUCGACUCCGAUGCGACCAGGCGUCGAACUUGUGCUGUUUACUCGAUCGGGACCACGUUGAGUUCCAAUCGGCUCGUGGGCUAGCAACUGCGCCACCAGGAUGCAUGGUAGGACUCAUGGCACCCCCCAUCUUUCGCUCAAAUACGUCCCGUCGCCCGGCGCACUCCUUCAUAGGCCAAUCCUGUGUUUCUAACAUUCGCAACGCAGUGGCAUUACUGUUAUCGAGCUCGGGCGCCUAUACAAAGUUUCGGUUCGACUAUUUGCAUAUUCACAAUACCAUCGACUACCCAAUGAGUGGCUCAAUAGAAGGUGGAGGUAGCCAGAUGCAGACAGCAAGGAUCCACUCAAAAUAUAUCGUAAACCCAACGAAACUCAGUGCCGUCUUAAGAGAGCAACUUGGGGACGGAACCUACGAGGUUGAGAUGCGUCAGAACAUCUAUAAUAUCAAAUCUCAGAGCGGAAUUGACAUGUACGCGUUUCAGAGAAUACGCACGAUCCUCACACAAUCGAAAACUUCUUAAUGACGAUGGGGAUAUUUUCUUGGAUGCGGGAUAAUAUCAAGGAUACCUGUGGUGCUGCCAUUGCGGUGUUGGACCCUCAAGGCUACUACACCAAGACAGCCAAGUAAAAGAGAAAGGUAUAUGGCCAAAAACCGUACAAUUAUGGGCCAAUAUGACCUCUACCCAUUGAACCACACAAGUCCUGGCUAUGGGGCAGGCAUAAGUCAUUACUGUCUAUAUAAGGCCCCUAUGGCCGCCAUUCACUUCUCUCAGGACUCUCCAGAGAUCAUGACACUUUCAAUACAAGACCAU